AUGGCAGAAGCCUCAUGUAGUGGGCCCUCGCCCUUCAAGCGUCUCGUUGAUCAUCAGAACCGGGACGUGAGCCGCCAUCAGGAUCGGCUGCGUGACAACUCGCUGGCAACCCAUCACGGUGGCUUCCGUUCCCAGCAAGCACAUUACACGCAGAGCCAGAAUGAUUUUGGCGCAUUCGUGGACGGCAACGCCGCCCUGUCCGCCGACUCCGUCGGUCCAUACCAUGCCGCCGGGAGGUUAGCAGCGCAUGCGGCAGCUCUGGAUACCCAUCACCAGCGCCCACAGGCGCAGCUGCCGCAUCGCCAGAUGCCGUCAUCCACACCCUCCGUGGACCACAACUGGGCAGCCGACUUCGUACGGUUCUCGGGUCCUGGCAGUCUAUCUCCAGUGCAGCAGCAACCGCAACGCGCUGCGGCCCAGAACCCCCAGCAAGCGAACCACAUGCAGCCCCCGGGAAUGGCUGAGGCGUUUGGCUUCCGUACCGGCAUGUCGGCCAUGCAACCCAACGGGGGGUUCACACCGCUGUACGGUCCGACAAACGGGGGAUUCAUGGAUGCCAAUGUCGCUUCCGCUCAGCGUCCCGCCGCCGAGGCCGAUUUCGACGAGGAGAUGUCCCGGUGGAUGACGGCGAACGGCGGCGGUAUCGCUGAAAAUACCAAGGCCAUGGAGGACGUGGAUGCCGUCAUGGAUCAGAUGGCGCGGGAGUUGGAAAUCAACGAUGGCGCGCUCGAUGCCCAGCAGGACCGAGCUGUCAGCCAAGAGCCUCCUUCUCAACAAGAUGUCCUCGACAAGGAGACAACCUCCCAAGGCCAAGAUGACGUGCACGACCGAGACCCCGACGUGCUCUUCUCAGACAUCCGUCUCUCAGACCUAGGUCGCUCUGAGGCCGCGCACCUGUCCGCCACGGAGAUAACCGCCGAGACCCAGCAGCAGACCCAGCAGCCGACGGAGCAGCAGCAGCCCGACACCAAGGCUCGUUCCGAGGUAUCAGAGGCCGCAGAGCGACUGCUAGAGUCAGUGCAGCACGAAAACGGCGACAAGUGGAAGCAGUCGAUGUUUCUGUCGCUGAUGCGCGACUUCCGCGAUGGACGCAAGGACAUUGUCGACAAUGAGAUUCGCGACAUGGCCGUCGAGCCAGGGCCAGAGCACUCGCCGAACUGA